AUGGUGGAGAUUGAGACGGAGAGCGGAACGGUAACGGAGACGGCAGCUGAAUCGGUAACUGAGACGGUAACGGAAGCGGAUGGGGACGAGGUGGGUGUGGCGGAAGAGGGGGGUGCGUAUGUUCCCGUGGGGAAGGAUGCGGGGGUUGCGGAAAUUGGGGAUGGGGAGGUUGCGGAGAACGAGGACGCGGGGAUUGCGGAGAACGCGGAGGCGGGGGUUGCGGAGAACGAGGAUGAGGAUGUGGACAAGAAUGGUGGAAGGCAGAGCGAAGAGCGCGGGAAUCCGGAAAAGAAGUUGGGGGGAGACGAAGUGGAAUUACAGAGGGAACCUCCCGCUGUUGAAUCGGGGAAGACCUCGGCCGCCAGGUUUACCCCCUUGAAUGGGUUCCUGCAAGGCAUGAGGGAGUGGCGGCGCAAGCAGGGGCAGAGGGGAGAGGAGGCAACUGGAAGGCGGUUGAGGGGUGUAUCUGCAGGGGAGGGUGUAUCUCAAGGGGAUGGUGUAUCUGCGGGGGAGGGUGUAUCUGCGGGGGAGGAUGUAUCUGCGGGGGAGGGUGUAUCUGCGGGGGAGAGUGUAUCUGCGGGGGAGGGUGUAUCUGCGGGGGAGGGUGUAUCUGCGGGGGAGGGUGUAUCUGCGGGGGAGGGUGUAUCUGCGGGGGAGGGUGUAUCUGCGGGGGAGGGUGUAUCUGCGGGGGAGAGUGUGCCAGCUGCAGCUCUUUUUGCCCGUGUGGUUCAAGCAGACACAAGGACUAAGGCCAUAGCCCAGGACAGCAGCACCACGCUCAUCAUAAGAGACGGGCAUUACGGCUUUGAACCAUGCCGGGGCGAGCUCUCGCACUGGCCCAACCUGAGGUUCGACUACAUCAUCUCAAACGAGUCCGCCAUUCUCUUUCGUUCGGAGCUCAGGGGCCUGGGAGCCAACAUGUCGCAAUCCAUGAAUGCGGGGGACUAUGACGCCGUGAGAGUGAGGAGGGGAGACAAGCUCAACACCGAUGUGUGGCCGCACGUGGCAAACGACACGAGCCCCCCCGCGUAA